AUGCGCAGCUUCUCGGAGCCGUGCGUUCCCGGCGAGGCACCACAGCCUUUCCCAGCGAGGGGCGUUGGGGAUAUGGCUCUUCACGGGACCCUCCUGGCCGGACCCUCGCUGUUCCCAGCCAUCGCGUUAACGUCCCGUGGAUCAAACCCCGGUUUGGAUUCCGGCGCGGCGCAGGUUAUCCGUACGUCGCAACCGGAACAGUGCGCGACUCUCUGCAGGCCGUCACAGAUCUCGGGGAGGGGGGAAGAGGAGGAGGAUGACCCUAAAGUUCAUCUGGAAGCCAGGGAGCUGUGGAGACGAUUCCAUAAAUGCGGCACGGAAAUGGUCAUUACAAAAUCCGGGAGGCGCAUGUUUCCGCCGUUCAAAGCCAGGUGCAGCGGGCUGGACAAAAAGGCCAAAUAUAUUCUGCUUAUGGAUAUCGUGGCGGCGGAUGACUGCAGGUACAAGUUUCACAACUCCCGCUGGAUGGUGGCGGGCAAGGCCGACCCGGAGAUGCCCAAGCGCAUGUACAUCCACCCGGACAGCCCGGCCACCGGGGAGCAGUGGAUGUCCAAAGUGGUCAACUUCCACAAACUCAAACUGACCAACAACAUAUCCGAUAAGCACGGAUUUACAAUUCUCAACUCGAUGCACAAAUACCAGCCGAGAUUUCAUGUCGUCAAGGCAAAUGAUAUCCUGAAACUGCCUUACAGCACCUUUAGGACCUAUGUGUUCUCUGAGACAGAGUUCAUUGCGGUAACAGCUUACCAGAAUGACAAGAUCACACAGCUGAAAAUAGACAACAACCCUUUUGCCAAGGGAUUUCGAGACACAGGCAAUGGGAGAAGAGAAAAGAGGUGGGUUUACCGGUUAAAGGGCUGUUUCACCUUCAUGCGCUGUCCUUUGAUGGCAUGA